GAUCUCGUGCUCUGCAGGCAUUUGGCCUUUGGCACUACACUGCGACUGAAGAGAGAAGAUGGUUUAUUUCAAGUUGCUUCUACUGGCUGUAUGUCUGGCCCUGUCUUCAGCUCUGCCUGCGCAGCUGUUCAGAAAGACGGGCGACCGAAAGAACGGCAUAAACUCGACGCGAGUAAGCGGAACCUAUGGAGUCGACCUCUCCUCCAAAUUUAGCCAAAAUGACUUCUCAUGCCUGAAGAGUAAUGGCUUCGAUUAUGCAAUAAUUAGGGGCUACGAGAGCUUUGGAGCGCCGGAUCCGAAUGCCGCGGUCAACAUCCAAAACGCUAGGGAUGCAGGCUUCCAAUACGUCGACGUCUAUAUGUUUCCAUGCCCGCAGUGUUCAAAGAGUGCAACCGAUCAAGUCAAGGAAAUGGUAGACGCACUAAGUGGCAGUAACUAUGGCCAAAUCUGGCUGGAUAUUGAGGGCAGUGAGUAUUGGUUGAAAAGUUGUGAUGAAAACCAACAGUUCUUCGAGGAGCUAUUCAGUGCAGCUCGGGAUUAUAAGACAACUGGUGUGUACGCUAGUAAAUCCCAGUGGAUUCCGAUUAUGGGAGACGGCUAUAGUGGAGGCUCUUCAGCACAACUUUGGUAUGCACACUAUGAUGAUAAUCCUUCGUUCAGCGAUUUUGAAGCAUUUGGUGGCUGGAGCAGGCCAGCCAUCAAGCAGUACGAAGGUGAUGCUGUUGUGUGUGGUGUGGACAUUGACAAAGACUGGUACUAGAAGAAACUGCGCAUUUCUACACUAGCAAGUAUAAUGACAAACUGGUGCGCUAUGUAGACUCUACAACUAGUUGCUGAACUUAUAUGUACAGCGACUUUGUGUCCGGGCGUGUGUAUAUAUGUAUCCCAUGGUUUAUGUCACAUGGUUGAUUGCUUAUUAUUAUACCAUACAAAAAGCAGAAUGCUGCUUCAUAAAUACUGGAGAUAAAAUAGGUUUAAAAAACUGUUACUGCACUGUCUGCAGGGUCUUUGAUUGAUAAGUUGCAAAGUUUCUCCCCUCCUCUCUCCUCCCCUGCCAUUAGCUGUCUCAUUACCAGCUGCUUGUACACUCCGUCGCGGGCGAGCAGCUCACUAUGUGUGCCUUGCUCCAUCACACAACCCUUCUCUAUCACUAUUACCUGCCCCCAAGAGAAAACAAUGGCUCACUGAUUGAGCCAUGGCUAUCUAUAUACAUGCUGCCAUACCUGAGAGGCGUCCCUGACAGUGGAGAGUCGGUGAGCUAUGACGAGGACAGUCCGACCUGUCAUGGCUCUGUCGAUGGCCUCCUGGACCAAGUGCUCGCUCUCUGCGUCCAGGGCAGACGUGGCCUCAUCCAAGAGGAGGAUGUCGGGGUCCAGCAGGAGAGCUCUCGCAAUGGCAUUCGCUGCUUCUGGCCUCCCGACAGACGAAUACCUCGCUCACCCACCAUCGUAUCAUAGCCAUUCUGUUGACAAUAACCACAGCAAUGUAAUAUACACAGCCA